UGUUUUUAUAUUUUAAGCCUAUAUAGGUUAGUGGAUUUAUGGUUAUGUGUUUGCCCCCCCCAUGAUAUUUUGGCAUCUGAGAUUCAUCGUGCUCUGUUUUUAAUCAAAUUACUAUAUUGCCCCCAUUCGAUUCUUUUGUUCUUUUUUGUUAUGAAUCAAUCAGAUUGUCUUUGUAAGCAUGGAUGAUAAAUUUAUCAUAUUACUAUAUUGCCUCCAUUAUCUUUUGGCAUCUUAGAUUCAUCUUGCUCUGUUGUUAAUCGAUAUGAUAAAUGUGUCAUAUUACUAUAAUGACAACUUCAAUAUGAAAACAACCCGCUUUGUUGAAAUUGUCAAGUGUAAGAUACUUCUUGGGCAUUUAGUAAAUUGGAAAUUUCUUGGAAACUCACAUCUCUCUAUACAUGGUUCAUUUCUUUGAGGUGCUCAAACCACAUACAUUCAAAUCUCAAACUAAUUAACUCAUCGAUGGCAUCUUUACCAUCAUCUUCUUCUUUAGCUCCGGUCUGUUCUUCUCAGUCAUGGAAGUACCAUGUUUUUCUUAGUUUUAGAGGAGAAGAUACUCGUAAGACUUUUGUGGGUCACCUCUACACAGCUCUCGAACAACAAGGGAUCCACACUUACAAAGAUGAUGAAACACUCCCUAGGGGCGAAUCAAUUGGUACAUCUCUAAUGAUGGCUAUUGAAGAAUCACAAAUCGCCGUCAUUAUAUUCUCUAAAAACUACACAAGUUCUUCAUGGUGCUUAGAUGAACUUGUACAUAUCAUGAAAUGCAAGGAUACAAGAGGCCAAAUUGUGAUGCCCGUAUUUUAUGAUGUUGAUCCUUCCGAAGUUCGAAAACAAAAAUGUGAAUACGGAAAAGCAUUUGUGAAACAUGAGUUGGAGAACAACAAGAAGAAGGUUGAAUCUUGGAGAAAAGCACUUGUGGAUGCAGCCAACAUUUCUGGAUGGGAAACUGAGCACAUUGCCAAUGGGCACGAGUCAAAAUGCAUCAAAAAUAUUGUUGACACAAUUUCACAUAGAUUGCAUCCAGUAACUUUAAGUGUGGAUGACAACCUGGUUGGAGUAGAGUCCCGCAUGCAACAUUUGAUACCAAAGUUAAAAAUCAGGUCAGGUGGUGUGCGGAUGAUUGGAAUAUGGGGGGUUGGGGGUGGUGGUAAGACAACUCUUGCCUCUUCUGUUUAUGAUGAAAUCUCCAGCAAGUUUGAUGGUUGCUGCUUUGUAAAACAUAUUCGGGAGGAAUCAAGUAAUAAAGAUGGUUUGGAAAGACUGCAAGAAAAAAUUCUUUAUGGUGUUCUGAAACAGAAGCAAGUGGAGGUAGGGAGAGUUGAAGAAGGAAGACGCAUGAUAAGGGAUAGAUUACAACAUAAAAAGGUGUUGAUUGUUCUUGAUGAUGUUGACAAAGUUGAGCAACUAGAAGAGUUAGUAGGAUCACGUGAUUGGUAUGGUGAAGGAAGCCGAAUCAUAAUCACAACAAGAGAUGAGCAUGUAUUAACUGCACACAAAGUAGAUGUGAUACAUAAUAUGAGCUUGUUAGAUGAUGAUGAGGCUAUGAAGCUCUUUUGCAAGCAUGCACCUUGUGGUCACAAACCUUUAGAAGAUUACGAGCUUCUUUCAAAAGACAUGGUUUCUUAUGCUGGUGGGCUCCCAUUAGCACUUAGAGUUCUCGGUCGUUUUCUAUGUGACAAAGAGAUGGAUGAGUGGAGGAGUGCCUUGGAUAGAUUGAAAGAAAUUCCAGAGACUGAUAUUCUUGAUAAGUUAAAAAAUCAGCUUUGA